UGUUUUGAAAGGUCAUUAAAGGGAUGUGACGUUUAUUUUAAAACCUUUCAUAUUUUCGAAGGGGCCUGACCUAGAAAGUCCAUUUAGAAGGAGAGUUUGUUCUGGUUUUAGCCUUUGAAAAUAAGUAAAGCAAAAAAGUUAAUUUGAAGAUAGUUAGUCGUCGCGAAUUACGGGCGUAAGGGGGAAUGGAAAAGGCUAAACAAGAUGCGUUUGACAAUGCAAGACUCCAGGUGAUCAAAGAUGGCUACGAGAGGGCUUUCGAGUGCAUCAAUGAGGGACUCACUGCAGAUGAAGCUGGGGACAAGACACGAGCCUUGGAACUUUACAAGCAAGGCCGGAAGCACCUUCUUAGGGCCAUCAGCGUGCCUUCCCACGGGGAUGAGUGUGGCGGCAGCGCCUGGGAAUCAGCCAGGCAGAUGCAGCAAAAGAUGUCGGAGACACUGAAUAACAUCACAACUCGCCUCGCUAUCCUAGAGACCAGCUCUGACCUGCAGUCUGCACCCACGCAGAGUUCUGCUAGUGUGUCUGAUCAUAGUGGCCUGCCUACAAACGGUCUUUACCCAAAGAUCCAGACCAAAGAGAAACAACAAAAUCCACCAAAUGUUGGUAAUGGACCACCAGUUGGAGCUGAAGGAGGCAUGGCUCCAAACCUACAACCUAUGUUUCCAACUCAGCAACCUCCGGCUUACUCCCCCCAGGCGGCGGAGGGCCACACAUCCAUCUCUUAUGGAACAGAAUCAGGGGAGAUGUCACUGGUUGGCAAUGAGUUCUACAAUACUUCACCCAUCUCUACACCUUCCACCCAGAGCUUAGGAGAAGAUGGAGAGGAGCUGAUUUACAUUCCUAAUGGUGUCCAGAUAUUCUUUGUCACCCCUGAUGGACAAGUUAGCGCUCCAUCAUACCCAGGAUAUCUACGAUUAGUGAGGUUUACAGGUGAGCGCUGUGAGGGGAUGCCUGAUCGACCACCAGCAUUUCUGCAGGUGUGCGACUGGCUCUACCCUCUGAUGGCCAUGAACUCUCCGGUGCUGGUGUGUAACACAGGAGUGUUCAUGUUUCCGGACAUGAUGGCUCAGGCUCCGGGCUUUUAUGUGGGGGUGGUUCUGUCCUCGGAGCUCCCGGCUGCUCAGAGAGAACUCUUUCAGGACCUGCUGUCCCAGAUGACAGAUCUCAGGGUUCAGGCUCCAGAUGAGGCAGAAGAGGAAAUUAAUCUCAGCCAGAAAGUGCCUAUUGCUACACCUGAAGAGACGGCACCAGAAGCAGCCGAGAAGGAGGAGGAGAAAGUUCUGCCUGAAUGGAGUGAAAAGGUGGCAAGUGGAAUCUUGACUGGGGCCUCCUGGUUGAGCUGGGGUCUGGUGAAAGGUGCAGCAUACACCGGCAAGGCCAUUCACAAAGGAGCAUCUAUGCUCAGAGAGCACAUCACACCGGAGGACAAGCCCACCCAAGUCAGCCCCACCGUCACCAAAAGCCUCCACGUGGCCAAACAAGCCACCGGAGGAGCCGUCAAAGUCAGCCAGUUUCUGGUGGACGGCGUCUGUACGGUAGCGGGCUGUGUGGGCCGCGAGUUGGCUCCUCAUGUCAAAAAACACGGAGGCAAGCUCAUCCCCGAGUCCAUGAAGAAGGACAAGGACGGGCGCUCCAACAUUGAUGGAGCGAUGGUGGUCGCUGCCAGUGGCGUUCAAGGAUUUGCAACCAUGUGGACCGGUUUGGAAUCUGCAGCCAAGGACAUCGCUUCCAGCGUUGCAGCAGAGACGGUCACCACAGUAAAACACAAGUAUGGGGCGGCAGCGGGACAAGCCACAGACCACGCCGUCAAUUCAGCCAUAAAUGUCGGCAUCACCGCCUUCAACAUCGACAACCUGGGCAUCAAAGCCGUGGUGAAAAGAACCGGCAAGCAAACGGCACAGGCCAUUCUGGAGGACUACAAGCUUCAGGAGAAACCAGAGAGCGGGAAACAAGUCGAGAGUUUAAAGAAAUAGUCGUUAUCUCAGCUCUGCCUUAAGAACGGUACUAAUACAUUAAAUAUAGAGCUGUUUAGGUUCUGUAUUUGAAAUGCAUAUCCUAAUUUAUACAGAUGAGCACUUUAAUCUUUGUGGUAUAAAAUUUGAACACAUGAUUGUAUCAAGAAAACCAAAACAUCACUGUCAGAUAUAUAUUAUUACCAUUUAACAGAAAAGCCCCAAUAUUUAAAUCUCUUUAUUUUUAAAAGCUAAACUAUUUUAAACCUUUCCAUCAUAAUUAUGUGUUUAUAAGGUUGAACUAACUAUUUUUAUAAAUCUUUCCAACGCUUUAAAUUCAAUAUUGUCAGGUUGCUGUGAUGAUAACUCUGCUGACUGUGCCUUUUUAAAAUAUAACGUUUGUAAAUGUUUGUAUUCUUCUGGAACAUUCCUGAUGAAGUCAGAUUAUUGUUGUUGGCUCUUUAGUCCAAGUGUCUAAAAAUAAAGAAUAUUUAUGUUCAGCUGCUACCUUCAGAUCUGUCUAAAUAUGACGUGCUUCACACUAGCCAUGUACAAUGAAAUGUUAUAUUAAAUAAAGAUUUAUUUGAAGUAA